AUCAUUCGUUCAACAACACACAAUGAAAUCUUUUCUAUUGGUGGCCCUCUGCGCCUUGGUGGCUCUUUCCGCUGCUAAAGAUGCCAAAUCAAAGGAACAAAGCAAACGUGAGGUUUUAUUGAACGGUGGUUGGAACAGUGGAUGGAACGGUGGAUUGAACGGUUACUCCUCUGGAAUUAGCGGUGGUCUUUUGAGCUCUGGCGCCGUUUUGGAUAACAGCGCUGCUUUGGGAGGCUACUCCACCUUGGGAUCUUUCGGAACUUUGGGAGCUGGUUCCGUAUACGGAAGCGGUGCCGCUUUGGACUCUGGUUUGGCUUUGGGAGGUGCCUCUUUGGGCUACUCUUCCUUGGGUGGUGUAUCCACCUUGGGAGGUGCCGCUUUGGCCGCCGCCCCAGUUAUAUCCACCGGCUCAGUAGUAUCCGCGGCUCCAGUAGUAUCUACCGGAUCAGUAGUAUCUUCAGGCAUUGACUCCGCUGCUCUUGGAAUCGGUUCUUUAGGAGGUUACAAUACAUUGGGAGGAGUAUCCACCUUGGGAGGAGUAUCCACCUUGGGAGGAGUAUCCACCUUGGGAGGAGUAUCCACCUUGGGAGGAGUAUCCACUUUGGGAGGAAUCGCUGCUGCCCCAGCCGUAGAAUCUGUAGGACACGUCCAAGUGGGCGCUCCCCUUCACCACGUAUACCAAGCUCAAGCCGGACAAAUCAUUGGCAGGAACUUGGGAGUCCAAGUACAAAACCACGUGCUUAAAACCGUCGUAGAAAAGGUAGCCGUACCAGUACCACGCCCAGUAGCUGUACCACAAUACAGGACCGUCCAUGUACCAGCCCCAUACGCCGUCCACUCCCAAAAGAACGUCGCCGUACCAUACAAAGUAACCGUACCAGUUGCUGUAGAAAGGCCAGUCCCAGUCCAAGUACCACACCCAGUUGCUGUCCCAUACAAAGUACCAACCCCAGUCGAAGUAUCCAGACCAUACCCAGUCAAAAUCACCAAGACCAUCACCGUCCCCGUUGAAAGACCAGUUUACAUUCGUGUACCAGAAACCAUAAGAGUACCCGUCGCUCAACCCGUCCCAGUACCAGUAUCCCACCCCGUCAAUGUAGCUGUCCCAGAACCAGUUAUCGUUAGAGUACCAGAAGCCAUCAAUGUAGGAAGCCGCGUACACACCCACACCGAUUACAACAGCGCCGCUGGUUUGGCUGGAGUAGCCACCGGAUACGCCGGUCUUGGCUCCUUCUCCUCUGGACUCACUUACGGUUCUGGAGUAUCCGGUUUGGCUUACGGCUCUGGUUUAUCCACCAUCGGCUCCGGACUUAUUAACUCCGGAGUAUCCACCAUCGGCUCAGCUGGACUUAUCAACUCCGGAGUAUCCCACAUCGGCUCCGCUGGACUUAUAAACUCCGGAGAAUCUACCAUUGGAUCCGGACUAAUCGACUCCGGUGUAUCCACAAUCGGAUCCGGACUUGUAGACUCCGGUGUAUCCACCUUUGGAUCCGGACUUGUCCACUCCGGUGUACACACCAUCGGAUCUGGCCUUAACUCCGGAUACGUAACCAAAAAAAUUAUUGUUUAA